CUCGCGCCAUGCGUCCUACAACCUGAUCUAAUUACAUAAUCCAACCUCCCAGUUCAUUAAUCACCACUACCGAGUGUGCAGUGGCUUGUGUGCGUCCGUGUGUUACAUAUUGUGUUGUUGCAGGCGCCGAUGGACUUAUAAAAGGCACACAAGAGAUGAAACGCAAAAGGUCGCUCACAUCAGCCGUCGUUUGGUGACGUCACGGGCAGCCAUGGCGGACCACGUCAGAACGAUGCGCUAUAUCCUGUUCACCCUCCUGUCCCUCUCCCUCAACAAGAACCUGGCCUUCGUCCUCGACAAGCAGAACCCCUACUCCCAAUUCAAAAAGUGGAACGCCGGUUUAAACGGGACAUUAGAACUUGAGUUCAAAACUGACCAACCGAACGGUCUACUUUUGUAUACAGACGAUGGGACUUACGACUUUUUUGAGUUGAAACUAGUGAACGGUGCGUUGCGUCUGAGAUAUAAUUUGGGGGGUGGUGCGCAGAUAAUAACGGUGGGAAGCAAUCUGCACGACGGCCACUGGCACAAAGUUCAGGUGGCCCGUCGAGAUGAGCAGACCUCGCUGUCUGUAGAUGGUAUGACUCAGAACAAGACGUCGCGAGGCAAAGAAUUCGUGUUCGGAAAGUUCAACUCCAACUCCGACGUCUUCGUGGGAGGGAUACCGCCAUCGUGA